AUGGCCGGCCGCCCUCAGUCCUACCUGAGCCCGCGCGGGGUGCUGGUCACCGACUUCCCGGUGCACGGCGAGAGCCCCCCGGACCAGGCCGACCCGCCGGACCCCUCGGACCCGCCGGACCCGCCGGACCCCCCGGACCCGCCGGACCCGCCGGACCCCCCGGACCCGCCGGACCCACCGGAUCCCCCGGACCCCCCGGACUCGCCGGACCUCCCGCGCCCCCCGGAUCCCCCGAGCCCCCCGGGCCCCCCGAGCCCCCCGGAGCCCCCAACCCCCCCAGACCGCGCCCCGCGGCAGCUCAUCCCGCGCGCGCUGGCCUCCGAGCCCCGGCGCCGGCAGAAGGCGCGCUGCCCGCUGGACGCGCUGGACGCGCCAGCCGCGCCGGACAGCCCCGGGCCCCCGCGCCGGGGCCUGCGCUCCACGUCCUACCGUCGCGCUGUGGGCAGCGGCCUGGAGCCCGCGCGCGCCGCCAGGAAGAAGAACCGCGCGUCGCAGCCCGCGCUGGCCGCCGUGGCCGAGGGCUGGGGCCGGCUGGCUGGCCGGGGCAGCAUCCAGAAAAAAAUGCUGAAAGGACAAGGAGCAUUCGAUGGGGAAGGAGAUGCUGUCCUCCCCCAGAACCACCAAGGAGAGUCAGAGCCCAGCGAGCAGAAGGCAGACGAGAGCGCCGGGGCCCAGCCCAAGCCCGUGUCGCCCACCUGGAGCCAGCUAUCCGCCGUGAGAAGGAAUGGACUCUCCCAGACUGUGAGCCAGGAGGAGCGUAAGAGGCAGGAGGCCAUCAUGGAGGUCAUCUCGUCCGAGCGCUCCUACCUGCUCAGCCUGCACACCCUCAUCCGCAUGUUCAAGGACUCCCAGGAGCUGGGCCAGACCAUGACCAAGACGGAGAGGCAUCAUCUGUUCUCCAACAUCACCGACGUGUGUGAGGCCAGCAAGAAGUUCUUCUCGGAGUUGGAGGCCCGGCACGGCGGCGGCCCCGGGGUCGACGACAUCAGCGACAUCGUGGAGAAGCAUGCAGCGUCCGCCUUCGAGCCCUACGUGCGCUACUGCAGCAACGAGGUGUACCAGCAGCGCACGCUGCAGCGGCUGCUGGACACCAACGCCCCGUUCAGGGAAGCGCUGUCCCGCAUUGAGGCCCACGAGGACUGCCGGAACCUGCCCAUCAUCUCCUUCCUCAUCCUGCCCAUGCAGAGGGUCACCCGGCUGCCACUGCUCAUGGACACAAUCUGCCAGAAGACCCCCCGGGACUCCCCCAAGUACGACGUGUGCAAGCGGGCCCUGAGGGAGGCCAGCAAGCUCGUCCGCUUGUGCAAUGAGGGUGCCCGGAAGAUGGAGCGCACAGAGCUGCUGUGUACCAUCAACUCUCAGCUGGAGUUCAGGGUCAAGCCCUUCCCGCUGGUAUCGGCGUCCCGCUGGCUGGUGAAGCGCGGCGAGCUGACGGCCUUCGCCGAGGAUGCGGGGCUGUUUUCCAGGAGGCCCUGCCGGCACCACGUCUACUUUUUCCUCUUCAACGACGUGCUCCUCAUCACCAAGAGGAAGAGUGACGAGAGCUACGUGGUCACCGACUACUCCCUGCGGGACCAGCUGCUGGUGGGCUGCUGCGACGGCGAGGAACCAGCCGUGUCCCCCGGUCGGGGCAGCCCUGCGGCCCUGCACGCCAGACUGGGGGCCGCCGGCCGACUUUUCACGCUCACGGCACUGAGCAACCACGCAGGCGAACGGGUGCAGCUGCUGCUGGGCGCCGACACGCAGAGUGAGCGUGCCCGCUGGAUCUGGGCCCUGGGGCAGAGCAGCAGGAAGCCACCCCCAGACCGGACCUCGCUGACCCAGGUGGAGAUCGUCCGCUCCUUCACAGCCAAGCAGCCCGACGAGCUGUCCCUGCAGGUGGCAGACGUGGUCCUCGUCCACCAGCAAGUGGGCGAUGGCUGGUAUGAGGGGGAGAGGCUGCGUGACGCGGAGCGGGGCUGGUUCCCCAUGGAGUGUGCCCAGGAGAUCACCUGCCGGGCGACCAUUGACAAGAACGUGGAGCGGAUGGGGCGGCUGCUGGCGCUGGAGACCCACGUGUAGCCUCACGCGCUCACCGUCCACCUC